AUUUUCUCCUUGCUAAUAAGAACGGACAGACCCCUCAACAGCAAAAGAAGAAGGAAAUUGAAUUGAUUUAUACUAAAUUUUCAAUCUUUUGAGUCUGUCCCUGCUACUCUUAAUACUUCUGUUAUCAACAAAUGUGUACAUUCUCGCUCUCUGCAACUUCAAUGCAACUAUCUCCAUGUCCACCUCCCUCUUCUUCCUUCUCAUUUCCAUCACUACCCCCCACCAAACCCCACAAUUACACCGUCACACCCUUCACCUUCACCACCCACAAACCCAGACCCCGCUCCCCCCUUAUCUCCUCCGCCUCCAAAGAUGUCUGGAGAAGAACACCACCCCACCCCAAAACGACGCCGUCUCAACCCUCCCCCCGCCACCGCCGCAAGCUCCAAGGCACCACCUUCCUGGACCACAGCGUCGACAUGGACGACCUCACCGCCUCAAUCCGCGCCACCCAAAACGAGCACGACCUCAACUCCCUCCUCUCCCCCUACAAGUCCCGCAACCUCUCCAUCCGCUUCAUGGUCUCCCUCCUCUCCCGCGAGCCCGACUGGCGCCGCUCCCUCGCCAUCCUCGACUGGAUCAACGACGUCGCCCUAUACUCUCCCUCCGUCUUCGCCUACAACGUCGUCAUCCGCAACGUCCUACGCGCCAAGCAGUGGGAAAUCGCCCACGGCCUGUUCGACGAAAUGCGCCACAGAGCUCUGGCGCCGGACCGCUACACUUACUCCACUCUCAUCACCGCGUUUGGGAAGUCCGGCAUGUUCGACGCCGCGCUCUCGUGGCUGCAGAAGAUGGAGGAGGACCGUGUGUCCGGGGACCUGGUGCUGUAUAGCAACUUGAUUGAGCUGUCUAGGAAACUGUGUGAUUAUAGCAAAGCGAUUUCGAUAUUUUCCAGGCUGAAGAGGUUGGGGAUAAUGCCGGAUUUGGUGGCUUAUAACUCGAUGAUCAAUGUGUUUGGUAAGGCAAAGUUGUUUAGGGAGGCCAGGGUUUUGCUGAAGGAGAUGAGGGCCGUGGGGGUUUUGCCGGAUACUGUUAGCUACUCGACGCUUUUGACAAUGUACAUUGAGAAUGACAAGUUUGUGGAGGCGUUGGCUGUGUUCUCGGAGAUGAAUGAGGUCAAGUGUCCGCUUGAUCUCACGACGUGUAAUAUUAUGAUUGAUGUUUAUGGGCAGCUGGAUAUGGCGAAGGAGGCUGAUAGGUUGUUUUGGAGCAUGAGGAAGAUGGGGCUUGAGCCGAAUGUUGUUAGUUACAAUACUCUUUUGAGGGUUUAUGGCGAUGCUGAGCUUUUCGGGGAAGCCAUUCAUCUUUUUCGAAUGAUGCAGAGAAUGGAUGUGGAGCAGAAUGUCGUCACGUACAAUACGAUGAUUAGGAUUUAUGGGAAGUCACUUGAGCAUGAAAAGGCUACAAAUCUUGUGCAGGAAAUGCAGAAGAGAGGGAUUCAACCGAAUGCCAUUACAUACUCGACAAUAAUAUCCAUAUGGGGUAGGGCUGGGAAAUUGGACAGGGCAGCAAUGCUGUUUCAAAAGCUGAGGAGCUCCGGGGUUGAGAUUGAUCAGGUUCUUUAUCAGACAAUGAUUGUAUCGUAUGAGAGAGUAGGUUUGGUUGCUCAUGCUAAGCGUUUGCUUCAUGAGCUCAAGCGCCCAGACAAUAUCCCGAGGGAGACUGCAAUUACCAUUCUUUCUGGAGCCGGUCGUGUAGAAGAGGCGACAUGGGUUUUCCGUCAGGCUUUUGAGGCUGGGGAGGUGAAGGAUAUAUCUGUGUUUGGUUGUAUGAUUGAUCUUUUCUCAAGAAACCGAAAGUAUGCAAAUUGCAUUGAAGUGUUUGAGAAUAUGCGAGUGGCAGGAUACUUUCCUGCUUCCCAUGUGAUUGGUCUAGUUCUCAACGCGUAUGGAAAGUUACGGGAGUUUGAGAAGGCUGAUGCUGUAUAUAGGGAGAUGCAGGAAGAAGGAUGUGUUUUCUCUGAUGAAAUUCACUUCCAAAUGCUCAGUCUUUAUGGUGCUAGAAAGGACUUUAAGACGGUAGAGGCAAUGUUUGAGAGGCUGGUCUCCGAUCCCAACAUCAACAAAAAGGAGUUGCAUCUUGUUGUUGCCGGCAUCUAUGAAAGAUCAAACAGACUUAAUGAUUCAUACCGGAUCAUGAACAGGAUGAAUGAAAGUCGAGCUUUGAAAUCAUGAACCUAUACAGAUGUCCACAGCAUGUGUUCUAAAUUUUUUCCAAAUUAUAUAGAUAUUGUACUGACUUUGUAUAUAUUCCCUUGGACAGAGUGAAAGUAUCAGUUUUCACAUUUUGGACAUGAAUGUCUGUGCUAUCUAUAUACAAGCAGAAAUAUAAAGGUUGUAUCCCCAGUUAAGGACUUGAGAA